UCAAUGGCAGUACUUACGACAAUGAGCAUUCUUUUGCUGUGUUGUUUGUUAUGUUUUGUGUAUGUCGAUUCAUUUCUCUAUGCUUCUGUUCCUUGGACUGUAAUAAUUUUCGAUGACAUCGAAAACGAUGCAUCUGGGAACUAUUACACGCCGUUCAUGGAAAAUCGACCCUUGGGGCCAGUGAACAACAGGAGGAGGAGACCCCCACCUCCUGUAGGCAACUUGAGACCCCCGAUUCCCAUGGGCAACUUGAGACCUCUGCAAAGGAUGGCUCCAAACAAUAUGAACAUUCCCAGACGGGAAGCGGUUACACCCGUAAAUACUGUCAAGUACAUCUCUCCAUACCCUAGUACACCUUAUUGUCCUGUUGGACAACAGUACGUUUAUUUGCCGCCCACUCUGGAUGGUGAUGCUGUAGCGUCGAUCUGUCCCCUGAACAAUCCUGUGCAUCCCUUAUGUAGAUGCCAAACAGGGUGUCGACAUAAAAACUUCUUUAUCCCCUAUGGCACGUCAAUAAUGGUUGAUAAAUGUGGAAACAAAUGCUACUGUAAUAGCUUAAAUGGAGAGGUGGAAUGCGAAUUCGACAGUUGUUAAGGGACACUUCUUUGCUGUGCUUCCGUAAAUGCUAGUCGGAAA